AUGCGCAAGAAGCUUCACUAUGAAAAGACCGGUAUUGCUUCUCUUUUAAAGCCCGCCCCGGUUGUCCAGCAUCUUCCUUCUUUCGAUGCCAAGGGCAAUGCAGGUUUUGAAGCGUACAAGGCUGCAGGAAAGCUUCAAGGAAAGUUUGUCUUGAUCACUGGUGCUGAUAGCGGUAUUGGUCGCUCCAUUGCUACUCUUUACGCCCUUGAGGGAGCUGCUGGUAUCACCAUUGUCUACCGUGACGAAGAGGAAGACGCUGAUGCAUCUUACACCAAGCAAAUGAUUGAAGGCCAAAGUGCCUGCAAGAUUAACCUUAUUGCUCGUGAUAUUGGUUAUGAAAAUACCUGCCAAGAAAUCAUCGACUCUCACAUGAAUGCCUUUGGUCGCUUGGAUAUCCUUGUCAACAACGCUGCUGAACAACACAAGGUCACCAAGAUUGAAGACCUUGACUGCGCUACUGUUGAACGCACUUUCCGCACAAAUGUUUUCGGUGUCAUCUUCUUGACUAAGCUUGCUGCUAAGCACAUGGUCUCUGGUGGUUGCAUCAUCAACACCGCUUCUGUUGCUGCUUAUCGUGGUAUGGACGUUCUCGUCGAUUACUCUGCUACCAAGGGUGCUGUUGUUGCCUUCACCCGUGCCUUGUCUCAGCAAUUGACCACCCGUCACAUCCGUGUCAAUGCUGUUGCUCCCGGUCCCGUUUGGACUCCUCUUAUUACCAACACCUUCAACUUGGAGGAAAUUCAAAACUUCGGUGCUCACCCUCCAUUCAAGCGCCCAGCACAGCCAGUUGAAAUCGCUGCUUGCUUCGUAUUCCUUGCAUCCAACGAUUCCAGCUAUAUCUCCGGUCAGACCAUUCACCCCAACGGUGGUAUCACUAUCAACACAUAG